AAAACAAGAAUCCGUAGUGAAAGCGCGCGCUUCGUAACACGACUUGGAUUUUAUUAACGGUGAAGUUAAGAAAGAGCGCGCGCGCACCCACAUCCACACACACACACUGAGCUGAGUGUUAAAAGUUACUGCGGUUGAGUUUAACCCUCCAGGUGCACUUGGGCAGGGACUGUUGUGGCGUUUGCUAUUGAUCCAGGAAGGUUUCUAGACGUGGGCUGGCAAAGGGUGGGCACCAGCACUCACUCCAAGGGGGUAAAAGAGCACAGGAGUCACCGUGGGCGUCAAGGACACAUUCCUUGGCAGUGCUGCAGGAGCUAUACAGAGAGCCAUGGAGACGAACAACCGGAAGUUCGAGCCAAGAACCAGCGAGAAGAAAUGCUCAUGGGCGUCCUACAUGACCAACUCGUCCACCCUGAUCGUCAUGAUCGGCCUCCCCGCCAGAGGCAAGACCUACAUGUCCAAGAAGCUGACUCGCUACCUCAACUGGAUCGGAGUGCCCACUAAAGUGUUUAACCUGGGCGAGUACCGGCGCGAGGCCGUGCGUUCGUAUAAGUCCUAUGAAUUCUUCAGGCACGACAACGCAGAAGCCAUGAGGAUCAGGAAACAGUGCGCUCUCAUGGCUCUGCAGGAUGUGAAGGGUUACCUGAAUGAGGAGGGCGGGCAGAUCGCUGUGUUUGAUGCCACGAACACGACGCGAGAGAGGCGAGAUCUCAUCCUGGACUUCGCCCAGGAGAACGCGUACAAGGUGUUUUUCGUCGAGUCGAUCUGCGAUGAUCCAGAUGUUAUCGCCGAAAAUAUAAUGGACGUGAAGGUGUCGAGUCCGGACUAUCCCGAGAGAGACCGCGAGAGCGUCAUGGAGGACUUCCUGAAGAGAAUCGAAUGCUACAAAGUCACAUACCAGCCAUUAGACCCCGACGGACACGACAAAGAGCGCUCCUUCAUCCAGGUGAUCAACGUAGGCCAGCGCUUCCUGGUGAACCGUGUGCAGGACUACAUCCAGAGCAAGAUCGUGUACUACUUAAUGAAUAUCCACGUGCACAAACACACCAUCUACCUCUGCCGUCACGGAGAGAGCGAACACAACCUCCAGGGUCUGAUCGGGGGCGACUCGGGCCUGUCCGCUCACGGGAAAGAGUUUGCUGUGGCGCUGCGGGAGUUCAUAGUGGACCACCAGCUCGUGGAUCUGAAGGUGUGGACCAGCCAGCUGAAGCGCACCAUCCAGACGGCUGAGGCUCUGGGCGUUCCGUAUGAGCAGUGGAAAAUUCUCAAUGAGAUUGAUGCUGGCAUUUGUGAGGAAAUGUCUUAUGACAUGAUCAAGGAGAAAUAUCCUGAUGAAUUUGCCAUGAGAGAUCAAGACAAAUACCAUUACCGUUAUCCAGGAGGGGAGUCCUACCAGGACCUGGUGCAGAGACUCGAGCCGGUGAUAAUGGAGCUGGAGAGGCAGGGCAGCGUGCUGGUCAUCUGUCACCAGGCUGUCAUGAGAUGCCUGCUCGCAUACUUCUUGGACAUCAGCGCUGAUGACCUGCCGUAUCUGAAGUGUCCCCUCCAUGUGGUGCUGAAACUCACCCCCGUGGCUUACGGUUGUAAAGUGGACAUGUUCGACCUGAAUGUCGAAGCUGUAAACACACACCGGGCCAGACCACUCGCCAACAGGAAACAUGAAGGGCCAAUGAGGAGACACAGCUUCACUCCCAUGUCCAGUCAGGACCAGGUGAAGCGGCCGCGUGUCUUCAGCGUCGGAAACCCACCCUGCACCCCUUUGCCUCCGUCGCUGAGCUCCUCGGGCGUCCCCGAGUGGCAGGAGAACGAGGAACUCGCCGAGACACACGAAACAUCCGAUUGCUCGAGUCCUGGAGUGUGGGGAGAUGGACAGUGAUGACCUGCGAGCGCUUCAGUCUGCACCUGGAUGAGGCGCACCUUCCUGCGUCCAAAGACGAUCCCAGGAACUGUCUGUCUGUCUGUUUUCAUGGUUGUUUGUAUAUAUAUUUAAGAAGUAUACAAACUGUUCUUAGUGUACUCAAUUAGCCAUCACAUGCUCAGUGCACGAUUUUUACUACAAGACUAACGUAGCUAACAAGUCAUGAGCAUUUCUCACAGAAACACGCCCACAAAUAUCAAUAUUUUGUCUUUAAACAAAAAAAAAAUGAAGUUACGUAAUCAUGUUACAAUAACAUUGGAAGUCAUAUCAAUCGUCUGAUAUUGAGGUUGCAUUUCUUUCACUUUGCAUAAAUAACGUAAUUACAAGCGGAUAUAAUUCGCAUGACAUCAUUCUUGAAUAAAUAAACACUUGUAAUGGUCGUGAAUUGAUGUAAUGAAACGCGUCAGGAUGUGGUUAUAGAAAAGCAUUAACUUUUAUCCAUAUUCACUCCAAGACAUUACACUCCCCACAGUAUUAAUUCCGAGAGGUGUUCAAGUCAAAGCGGGACUUUUGGUUGGGCAGAAUAACACAGUGUAUAAAAGUAAAACUUCUAUUUAUUUCUGUUGGUGAAUGAGUGUGUGUACAGUUCCCACAGACAGAUGCGUCUGUUAAGCAAGUUGGGAUCAUCAUUCACAGAUGUGCGGCCUUCUUUAAAGCGUGUCUUUAUUCGCCAGACAAUUUCAUCACAAGCCCCGGGUUUGACUUGGACGCCCCUCGUAUUUUCCUCUAGCAGCGUGUUUCAGAAACUGCUUGAUUCCAGACUUAUACUUUCUGUAUGUAAGUAUACUAAUAGUGAAAUUUUGAAGUGAUGUGAAUAAUAUUAUUGUUUCAUUUUAAACUUUGGUAGUUUUAAAUAAGAGCUUAAACAUAAUAUUUACUUAUGAAUAUUUAAAAAAACAAUGUGAUCAUUUUAUCUUGUAUUUAGCUCUUGUGCAAAUCUAAGGAUGUAAUCCGACACCAAACCUGCCUUGGAUAAUAAACUAUUUUUGGGGUAAAACCUACUUGGGAUAAACGUUUGCUAGGAAAUUGCACAUAAAUGUGGAUGUGCCUUAACGCGCAGUGCUGAGUGGAUUGUGUGGAAUUUAAUUCCCGGAUUGUAUAAUUUCUAUGUAUUUAGAUCAAUCUAAGAGCUCCAACAAGCCACUACUGAAUCCUCAGUCCCUAACUGUGCCAUGUUCACGGAUAAUGAGGUGAUGUGAGCUGCAUUACUGGUCCUGUAAUCCUUUUGGACAGUAAUCCCCAGAAACCCAGACAUGAGUUGUGUCUUACACAACCAGAGUGACUUAAACAGAGAUCCCGUCCUUUACUCGGCAACGCCCAGGUUUACUUCAUUCACUUGAACAGAUGCUGAUGUAGUACACACCUGUAUCGCUGUGUACCUCCGACAUCAGUUUGUGCCUUUUAUUAUAAGUAAAAGGGGCGUGGCCUGUGUGCCUGUCAGGUCCUCGUUCUCUGUGCCUGUAAUGCUGCAUUUAACUUACCUCGGAAAAAGCCACCGGAGCUCGGAGUUGCAUCAUCUCCGACCUCCUCGCAUAAGAGCUACAAAGUGUGAAAAAGCUAGUGAAUAUAAAUAUAAGCAACAAGCUAUCGAGCUAACUAGAGUGAUUAGGGUGUGUUCCGUCUCAAGACGGUGAACUGUCUAGUCAGCGUUAGACUGUAGAUUUUAGUAGAUUUUAAUGUUGAUGUUGAUUUAACGUCACUUGCUGAACUCGCGGGUUGAGGAAAUCCAGUUCCGAUUCCCGAGUUCCAAGUUGAAAGGUUUUCUUUGUCUUUUCCUAGUCGGAGGUCGGAAAAUUACAAGUAUAAAGCUUAGUGAAAGUGGUGUUGCCUUUGUGCUUCAUUUUUAAUAACUGUGAUUAUAUUUAUUGGAUGUAUUUCCCAUUUUCUGUGGCGUUCCGAUAUCUCCUGAAAGGACUAAUCAGAAGAGUUAUGUGUACAGAUAAUAUUUUUAGUGCCAGAGCUGCUGAUUAUCUUCACAAGAUACUGAUUGAUGGUUGGCAUCAUCAAUCGUGUAUUUUGGCAAACAACAAGCAAAAAAAGAGCAGUUAAAGUGUGUAGGGGAAAAAAAAAACACUUAUGGAAAGAGAUUAAAUGAUAUCCGAAGUAGGAACUAUGGUGUGAUGUGUGCAGUCGUUGUCUUUACUGCUCGAUUUUAAGUCACUAUUUUUCCUUUGAUUAAGCGCUUGUUUGACAGUUUCUCCAUUUCGUUCUUUAUUAACUGUUAGUCAUGUGCAAUAUUGAUGUAAAAAGUGGUGUCUGGUAAUAUAUAUAUGAUAUGAUAAUAUAAAAUAAUACAAUAUAAUCAGUGAUAAACUGGUUAUACUGGUCACUGGUUAUUGUGGCGCAACAUUAUAUCUCAUCACAAACUUGUUACUUUCCCUGUUCUGUUCUGAUCUCUAUAAUCUGUUAACAGUAGGUGUUGUGUCUCAGUCAUGUGGAUCAACUAGUAACAUCGUCCUCACCCAGAGGAAGUGUAGACGUGUAGAUAGUCUAAUAAACACCUUUUCCUUUCCAUCUUUUUAAUUUAAAUGCCGCACUGGAACACCAGCCCGAAACACCUCAAGCCAUAAUUCUUUUUAUUUAAUGCUUUAAUUGUCUUGUUUUUAUUUGAAGUGCUUUUUAUUUUUAUAACCUGAUUGCAUGUUCUUUAUUAGUUGUUUUGCUCAGAAAUAUUUUUUAUACACUCCAUGGUUUUCUCAUUGUAUUUCUUUUCUUUAGAAAAUAGACUGUACAUGUGGUAGCUUUAUAAGUAUACCAAAAAAAAAAAGUAUAUUUUUGUCCUUGAGCUUUCCGUUCAGUCCGUCUUGUGUUUAAGUGAUGAUUUAAUUGUUUUGAGUUUAUUUAAAUCUGUAAAUGUAAUUAAAUUCCAAUUCUAAUAUAACAGUGGUUGUCAGUUCACUUUUUAUAAAUGAAAGUUGAUUGAUGCUUUUGAGCUGAAUAACAAUGCAUAUAAGUUCUUCUUUUUUUUGUUUUAAAUGCAUUGACAUUGAUUGGCUGCUUGUUAUUGACAUCACUUAUGUAAGUUCUGACCUAAAUUUAAAUGCAAUGCAGAGCACAAUACCUUAAAAUCCAAAAAGUAAUCUACCACAUUAUUUAUCUAUUGCACAUCCAAAAAUGUAUUGUUCUAUUUAUUUACAGAUUAAUUUAUUUAAAAUUAGUUUUUAUUGUUUGAAAUAAAGGUAUGGAAGCUUACAAGAAAAGUAAUUUGAUAUUUGCUUUACAGAAAUGA